AGAGCACAGAUAGACCACAUUGGUUGGGUGAUCCUUCUCUUCCCUGUGUCAUUCAUCUCAAAACUCUACUAAGCUGAACAACACUCAAACAAAGUCCCAGGAAAUAGUGCACCUACAAUGGAAAGUGUGGCGGUAUUUGACUCACCUGGAAAAGGGAGGGGUUUGAAGGCUACCAAGGAGUUUUGGGCUGGAGAUGUCAUUUUUUCUGAACCCAGCGUGGCAGCUGUUGUAUUUGACAGUGUCGCAGAACGUAUUUGCCACAGCUGCUUUCGUAGACAAGACAAGCUCCAGAGGUGCGGCCAGUGCAAAUUUGCUCACUACUGUGACCGAACUUGCCAGCGCGCCGGCUGGGCCGAACACAAGCAAGAAUGCGGUGCCAUCAAAGCUUAUGGAAAAACACCAAAUGAGAACAUCCGACUGGUGGCACAUAUCAUGUGGCGCCUUGACAAAGAAGGGAGCGUGUUCUCUGACAUGCAGCUGACCACUUUGGACGAGCUGGAAGACCACUUAGAUGACAUGCAAGAGGACGAUCUGAAGGAGUUGAAAGUGGACAUCCACAACUUCCUGGACUACUGGCCCCGGACCAGCAAGCAGCACACAAUUGACACCAUCUCGCACAUAUUUGGAGUGAUCAACUGCAAUGGCUUCACUGUGAGCGACCAGAGGGGUCUUACGGCGGUAGGAGUCGGCCUCUUUCCAAAUCUGUGCCUGGUGAACCACGACUGCUGGCCAAACUGCACAGUGAUCCUCAACCACGGCAAUCAAUCGGCUGUGAAUACUAUGUAUCAUUCUCAACGGAGGAUUGAACUGCGUGCUUUGGGUAAGAUCGCAGAGGGAGAGGAGCUCACCGUCACCUACGUGGACUACCUGAAUUUGUCAGAGGAGCGACGAAGGGUUCUGAAAUCACAGUACUUCUUUGACUGCACGUGUGAACAUUGCAAGAACAAAACCAACGACGACUUGAAGCUCGGGGGAAGGGAAGUGGAUGGAGUCAAGCCUUCAGAGGAACAGGUGAAAGAGGCAACAGACUACUGCUUUGGAAUGAUGGAGAAGAUGGAAAAGGCUCGAUUAAAGGGUGACUACCAUGAGGUAGUGAAAAUCUGCAAGACAUGCAUCGAGAAGACAGAACCAGUUUUGGCUGACACUCACAUCUACCUGCUCCGGAUGUGGAGCACAAUGAGUGAGGUGCAAGCCUACCUGCAGUUCUCUUAUGACGCUGCAGAAUACUCCCGUAAGAUGGUGGACGGUUACACGAAGUUGUACCACCCUCACAGCGCUGCUCUGGGUAUGGCUGCCAUGCGUGCAGGGGUGACGCACUGGCAGGCCGGCGAGAUAGAGGUCGGUCACGCGAUGAUCUGCAAGGCUUAUGCCAUCCUCUUGGUCACACAUGGUCCAACACAUCCCAUCACCAAGGAUCUGGAGGCAAUGCGAAUGCAGACAGAGAUGGAGCUGAGGAUGUUCAAACAGAACGAGUACGUUUACCACAGUAUGAGAGAGGCAGCUCUGAAAAACAAACCCAUGGCCAUGAUGAAUGAACCGAGGUCGGUGGAGGAGGGAAUCAAGAACCUUUUCCACCGGAGGAAGUAGUUUGAUCGUGGGAGUGCAGCAGGGAAACCAUCCUGUUGUUUACAGUAAACAGCUCUGAGUGUUUGUGCAAGAGGCUACACGUUUAAGUUAUAUGACCAAUUUCUGUAUCACAUUUUGUUGUUACACUUUUCAUUAAAAAGUUGUCCUGCCAAA